AUGAUUAAUACAAUUUGUUUGUUUAUUCAUGCAAUGUUUCGUUUGUUAUGUAGAUGUAGAUUGUGGCAUGUGAAAAUGUUAUACAAUGUAAGUAUGGAAUGUGAUAGUGAAAGUGGUGAUGGUGGUAGUGUAAGAUUACUUCUACUACCACUGCUACUAUUGAUGCUAUUAUAUCGAUAUAAUAUAAAUAUAAAUGGUAAUAUUAUAAAUAUCAUUAUAAGUAUAAUAUUUCAUUAUUAA